UUAGAAAUUAAAUGGAAUAGAAAUAUAACAAUUUUUAAAUUUAGUAAACUUGGUAAAUAUUUUGUAAACUCAAAAAUACUAUAAUAGUCUCUCUUCAGAUAUAGAAGGCGUUGUUCAUGAAACAAUGACAAUGAAAAAUUCAGAAAACUAACCUCAAAUUUUCAAUUCAACGAAGAAAAACAAUUUGUGAAGUAAAAGUCAGAUUAUAUAAAAAUUGUUUGAAUUGAAUCCUAGCAACAUGACUGACAAUAAAACUGAGAAAGCAAAACUUGAUCUUGGAUUAUUGGAAGAAGAUGAUGAAUUUGAAGAGUUUCCUGCUGAGAGCUGGACGGGGAAAGAGGAAGAUGACAAGGACAUUAAUGUUUGGGAAGACAACUGGGAUGAUGACAACGUUGAAGACGAUUUCAAUCUUCAAUUAAGGAAUGAGCUUCAAAAACAGGGCAUCAAACCCGAUCAAUAAAAUAUGUAUUACAAAAUAAUAUAAGUUAAGAUUGAUUUAACCGAUAAUGUAAUUUUCUCAAUAAAUUUGAACUUUAAUUCAA